CUUCAGUUGGGACAGUCACAGUGAGAGAAAAUGUCACUGCCGAAGGUCUUGUGUUUUCAUCUCAUACUGAUGCUGUCUGCAUUCACUGGAGCAGCUAAUGGAUACUACUAUUCUCGGUGGGCUAAAUGCAUCUUCAGCUCCAGUGAUCUCAGUGACAUGGUGUUCGUUGAUAACUAUAUCUUCAAUAAAGAUGUGUACAUACAGUUCAACAGCACUGUGGGGGAGUAUGUGGGGUACACUGCACAUGGAGUAUAUAACGCAGAGUUAUGGAACAAAGAUCCCAACCAGCUGCAGCAAGAGAGAGCUGAUGUGGACAGAUACUGCAAACAUAAUGCUGAAAUUUAUUACAGUGCCAUUUUAAACAAAGCAGGUAAGUGGCACAAGAUUCAGAUCUCUCCUGUUACACAUGAAACUCUUGUUUUAAAUGUUUACACUAGAUACUUUUACACGACAGUUUGA